AUGCGUAAUCUAAUUACACUGAAUAAAGGCAGAUUAUUGCCUGUUGCAACAUCAGAACUUUCCGAGAAUGAAACAGUUUUUACUGUAUUGGACAGCACUUUUGAUACUAUGACUGAUAGUAUUACAUGUGUUUUGGGAUCAUUGGAAAUGGGUGCUAUUGAAGUGCAACAGUUUAUGAAGGAUGGAUCUCGUAACGUAUUGGCUUCUUUUAAUAUUCAGAAUUUCAACGAUAGACUACUUUCAUUUAUACAUUUUGGAGACAUAAACCAGCUAGUGUUUAUUUUCGAAAUGGGUGACAUUAUCACAGCAACGUACGAUUCAGUCACAUUUGACCCAGCACAGACAAUUGUUGAAAUUGCAGGUAGUAUUGAUAAUGGUAUCUACGCUGCACAGUGGUCUCCUGAUGAAGAAACUGUGGUUUUGAUAACUAAAGAUCGAAAUGUGGUACUAUUAAGCAGAUUAUUUGAACCUAUUGCCGAGUAUCAUUUGGAAACUGAUGAUCUUAAGAAAUCCAAGCAUGUAACUGUUGGCUGGGGUAAGAAAGAAACACAAUUUAGAGGUAAAGGUGCACGAGCUAUGGAACGUGAAGCCCUAGCUUCCUUGAAAGCCUCUGGUUUGGUAGGGAAUGAGUUAAGAGACCCAACAAUGCCAUAUAUGGUGGAUUCUGGUGAAAUUACAUCUUUAGAUAGUAAGGAGGUUACAAUCACUUGGAGAGGUGACUGUGAAUUUUUUGCUAUAUCAACAAUUGAGAACGUAGAGCUACCAGAGGAACCUGGUCAUGAGAUCCAAAGAAGAGCAUUUAGAGUAUUUUCACGUGAUGGGGUCUUAGACAGUGCGUCUGAACCAGUUGAUGGUAUGGAACACCAUUUAAGUUGGAGGCCUCAAGGUUCUUUAAUAGCUUCAAUUCAAAGAAAGUCUUUUCUAGAGGAGGAAAGUUCAUUAGAGUUAAUUUUUUUCGAAAGAAAUGGUCUCCGUCAUGGAGAGUUUGACACUAGACUUCCUGUUGAUGAAUUUGUAAAAGAACUUUGCUGGAAUUCGAAUUCUGAUGUGCUAGCAAUUGUAUUAAGCAACCGAAUUCAACUGUGGACAUCAAAGAAUUAUCAUUGGUUUUUGAAGCAAGAAAUUUACUCGGAAAGUAUCAGCUUUGCUAAAUGGCAUCCAGAAAAGGACUUGACACUAAUGUUUGAAUCCGGUAAUGGUGUUAAUAUCGUCGAUUUUGCUUAUAAAAUGACAAACGGUCCUACACUUGAACCUUUUGAUAACGGUACUGUUAUGGUUGUUGAUGGAAGUACUGUCAACAUCACACCAUUUGCCUUAGCAAAUGUUCCACCUCCUAUGUAUUACAGAGAUUUUGAUGCUCCUGGAAAUGUUUUAGAUGUAGCCUGCAGUCUUUCAAACGAAAUAUUUGCAGCUAUCACCAUAGAUGAACUUGUAGUAGCAUAUGUUCCAAGCAUAGAUGACAUGAAGAAAGGUCAACAUCCAACUGUAGUAAGUGAGCUUUCGAAAGCCACAUUUGCUUCCGCUAUUGAUAGCUUGCGCCAAGUUGCUUUCAUUAAUGACAAUGUAAUUGGUAUACUGUUAGACAGUGAGAAUUUGUCACAUAUUGUUUUGGUUGAUGUACAAGAUGUCAGCCAACCCGUUUUAUUAAAGACUGUGGAAAUAUUUGAUAAAAUAGUACUCAUGAAGACUAGUUUUGAUUACAACCACAUUGUGUAUGAAACUCGUGAUGGUAGUGUUUUCGAGGUCGACGUUGAAGGUGAACUAAAACAAAUAACAAAGUUUCCACAGUUAGUUAUCGACUUCAGAGUCAAGCGUGUUCAUAACAUGUUGGAAGGAAAAGAGGAUAACUGGGAAUCAGAAAGCUCUGAAGUAAUUGCUUUUGGUCUUACCUCAUUUGGUAAACUUUUUGCUAAUAAUACCCUUCUAACUACCGCUGUCACUUCAUUCGAGGUAACUGAUAAAUUUCUGAUGUUUACAACGGCUCAACAUAGAUUACAGUUUGUGCAUUUAAAUAAUACAAAUUUCAAACAGUUACCUAUAGUACCUGACCAGGUUGAAGAUGAGAGAAUAAGAGCUAUAGAGAGAGGUUCUUUAUUAGUGACAUCCAUCCCAUCAAGGGCUGCGGUAGUAUUACAAGCAGAUAGAGGUAAUUUGGAGACUAUUUAUCCUCGUAUAAUGGUGCUGUCUGAGGUUAGAAAAGAAAUAAAAGACCAAAAGUACCAGGAAGCGUUUUUGACCUGUAGAACACAUCGUAUUAGUCUUGAUUUGAUUCAUGAUUACGACCCAGAUUCGUUUAUAUCUAAUUUGGAUAAUUUUAUUUUACAGGUUGAAAAAGUUGAUCAUUUGAAUUUGUUUAUUUCAUGUCUAACAGAAGACGAUGUAUCAUCGACAAAAUAUAAGGAAACUUUGACUUCCGAUAUGGCGUUACCUUACGCAGUGGCAGCAGAACCUCUUACCGAAAUGCAAGAGUAUAUGAAAAAGAAAAUGUUUGAUCCAGCAACAUCAAAGGUGAACAAAAUUUGUAAAGCUUUCUUGGACACAUUGUUAUCAAAGGACGAGUACAUGAAAAAAUACAUCAACACGAUUUUAACUGCAUAUGCAACACAAAACCCACAAGAUCUAGAAUCUGCACUGCUGUUAAUUGCAUCUUUGUCAACUGAAGAGGAUAAGGAUUCUAGCGUUACUUAUUUGUGCUUUUUGCAAGAUGUCAAUGUUAUAUAUAAAAGUGCUCUGGCAACCUAUGAUGUCAAACUAGCACUAUUAGUAGCACAAAAGUCUCAAAUGGAUCCGCGUGAAUAUCUUCCAUUUCUUCAGUCAUUAUACGAAGAAACAGAAAAUCGCAGAAAAUAUAUGAUUGACGACUAUUUAGGCAACUAUGAAAAAGCACUUGGCCAUUUAAUUUCAACCGAAUCUGACUCCACAAUUGUGUCUGAUGAAAUAAUUAAUUAUGUUGAGACACAUAAUCUAUUUUUAAAUGCUUUAGCAACAUUUAGGUAUGAAACUAACAAGCAGAAUAUGAUAUACAAGAGCUAUGCCAAGGAUUUGCAAUCAAAACAGGAAUAUAAAGAUGCUGCAAUCAUUUUUGAAAUGCUUGGGGAAUAUCAAAACGCUGUUAAUGCUUACAAGUCUGCGAAGAGUUGGAAACCGGCACUAAGCAUCGCAGAACUAAAAUUUCCAGAUGAUGUCCAGGAGCUGGCUAAUGACUUAGUGUCUUCGUUGACUUUUGAACAUAAAUACGAGGAUGCUGCCCAAGUUGAACUUAUAUAUUUAAAAAAUGUCCGUGAAGCUGUCAAAUAUUACUGUAAGUCUUACAAAUAUGAUACUGCCAUUUUAACAGCCACAAACACAAAUAACAUCAAGUUUAUUGAAGAAAUCGUGGACACAGAGCUUGCAGAUGGUUUUGGUGUCAUUGCAGAAUUACUGGCAGACUGUAAAGGUCAAAUAAAUUCACAGUUACGAAGACUUCGUGAAUUGAGAACUAAAAAAGAGGAAGAUCCUUAUGCUUUUUAUGGUCAAGAAACCGAACAGGCCGAUGACGUUUCUAUUGCACCUUCAGAAACUUCAACUAAAGAAUCUUUCUUUACAAGGUAUACUGGUAAAACUGGAGGUACAGCUAAGACUGGUGCCUCAAGAAGGACUGCGAAAAACAAGCGUCGUGAAGAAAGAAAGAGAGCCAGAGGUAAAAAGGGUACUAUUUAUGAAGAAGAAUAUCUAAUCCAGUCUAUUGGAAGAUUGAUUGAAAGAUUAAAUCAAACUCUUUCUGAUUCUUACAACUUAGUUGAAGCGCUUUGCAGAAGAAACAAGAGAGAGCAAGCCUACCAGAUCCAGAAGAACUUCUUGGAGGUUAUACAAUUGCUAAAUGAAAACGUAAAGGAGAUUUACUCCAUAAGUGAAAAAGACAGAGAAAGAAUUGACGAAAAUGGAGAAGUUUAUCUAAUUCCGGAAAUGAAGAUUCCUGAAAUCCCGGUCUUUACAAUCAAUAGAGCGGUCUCAUUCUAA